UGAUGAGGCCUUGUGCCAUCAUUUGUGAACGUAAUAGAGAGCAGAGAGACUGGAUUCUGGAUCUCUUCUUCUCUCCUCUUCCCAAUUCCCAUACCAACACAAACAAUACGAACGCCAACAUUUAACAGACCACCCAAUUCCAAUCUUAUAUAUUCUGUCCUCUCUCUCGUCUUCUCUCAAAUCUCCACUCCUUCUUAUCCCUUUCCGCUCUCCUCUCUCUCUCUCUCUCUCUCUCUCUCUCUCUCUCUCUCUCUCUCCCUAUCUUCUGUGUUUCUGAAGUAGAAUUUACAGGAGAAACAGAAAGAAACCAUGUUUAUCAACGCUUCAGCAUGGUACCCAGAUUCUUCUUCCUGCUCUCCACUCCGCCGAUGGCGACCAAAAAGAUCCAAGCUUCGUCUCCUCCGGCUAUCCAGGAGAAGGAGCAGGAGGGUAUCAGUAGCAGUGGGCACAGAGAUGGAAUUGAAGAACUUGAAGCUGUACUUGGAAAACCAAAGCAUCAUAGAGGAGAACGAGAAGCUGAGAAAGAAAGCUAUCCUCCUCCACCAAGAGAAUCGAGAGUUGAUGAUUGAGCUUAAGAAGAAAUUCUCUAAUCUGGGUGAUCUUCCAAAAUCCAACCCAUCUUCAUCACAACACCGGUUGUGAAAGAUCAUGAUCAGGAUGAACACCAAGAGGGUCCCCUUCCUUUCUUGUUCUGUUUCUUUUCUAGUUGGAAAUAUCUCUCUAUCUCCCUCGUCAUCCGGCUUUAAUUUUCCCGUUUCAAAGUAUAAGUAGAGAUGAAGUUUUUUUUUUUCAUCUGUCACUUAUUAAUUUUAUUUACAUGUAAUUCCUUUUCCUCUUCUUCUGUAACGCUUAGCUGAAAUUUUAUGGGGUUGGGAAUAA